AUCUGUGUCGGGCCCGGCGCUUGGACUUCCUCACCUCUCUGGGGUCUCAUUUUGGGCCACGUGGUCCGGGCCUCGGGAGACCCCGCCCCCUAGGCCCAAGUCGCUAAUUCCAGGGGUCUACGCUCCCUCUUCUCCGCCCCUGGCCUCGGACCGCCCAUCAGACUCCGCCCCAAGUCUCUUCUUUCCAGCCUCCGGCCUAGGGCCGUUUGGUCCCUGGGCUGCCCCGCCCCCGGAGAAGAUGGCGCUGCGAGCGGCCAGGAGCGUGCGGGUCACGGCCUCGUCCCUGUGGGCAGCAUUCGCAACUCAGACCCCGGGAUCCCUGGCCUCGCUCCCGGCCGUCCCCGCGCGCAUCCGGGCUCGCCUCGGCCCAGGAUCCCUUCCCUUCCCCAGGGCUGGGGCUUCUCGAGGCCUCUGCACCAGCGCCCUGCGACUCGCCGUUCGAAAAUUCACAGACAAGCAUGAAUGGAUAUCAACUGAAAAUGGAAUUGGAACAGUGGGAAUCAGCAAUUUUGCACAGGAAGCAUUGGGAGAUGUAGUUUACUGUAGUCUUCCAGAAGUUGGAACAAAAUUGAACAAACAAGAUGAGUUUGGAGCUUUGGAAAGUGUGAAAGCUGCCAGUGAGCUCUAUUCUCCACUAACAGGAGAAGUAACUGAAAUUAAUGUAGCUCUUGCAGAAGACCCAGGACUUGUCAACAAAUCUUGUUAUGAAGAUGGUUGGCUGAUCAAGAUGACUCUGAGCAACCCUUCAGAACUUGAUGAACUGAUGAGUGAGGAUGCUUAUGAAAGAUACAUAAAAUCUAUUGAGGACUGAACAUUGGACCCCCAAAUAAAUUAGCAUAAGAACAUAGCCCCAUAUAGUUUUGUCCUAAAUUAGCAGUAUAUGGAAGGUUAGCAAUUUUUAACACUUCUGAAACACCAUGGCAUAGAAAAAAAUUUAACUACUCAAAAAUGACUGGAUAAAAAUGCUUUUACUAUAUGCAUCUUUUGCACAAUUUCUUCCUAGUAAUUUUUAGUGUCCGUCUAGUUCUGAAUUCAUUGCAUCAUGUAUUGUGAAAAUGAAUUCUCAGACCCUGUACUUCAAAGCUAGCAUUUUAUCUGUAAAAAGCUUUAAAUCAGUAAUGUUCAUUCAACUCCAUCCAUUACCAGUUUUGUUCAAAAUACAUUUGGUUUUCUGUCCAUGGGAAUAAUUUACUGAGAUUGGUUAGCUGGCUGGUGUCAGAUGAAAAGCAAUACCAACUUAAUUUCUGAAUAAACUGCUUGGCUGAAGCUAUUUUAUACAGAUGAAGCUUCAACCUUGUAGCAGAAUAGUUAAUGAAAUUUAAUAAAACUUUUUUAAAACUCUGA